GCAGUCGGACUAUUCAUUACUCAACAGCGAAAGUGACAAGACUUCAGAGAAAAAAACACGCGAGUUUUGGAGUGAAGAAAAUCUUUCAAAUUUUUGGUUAUUACGUAGUGUAAUAGUUAUCAUUUUCUGCCUUAUCAUUUAUACAAAUAGUGCAGUAUUCAAUUCCAGUGAUUUUAAAGUUUCUUCACCGAAGGAAAUGAGGCUAUGAUAUAAAUUGUUCCAUAAGUGGUCUUAAGCUUCCAACAUGACCGCUUGUGCGUGUUCAGAGAAAACUAAGAAGAUAUGGAUCUUCAGCUGUGGAGCCUUCUUCCUUCUCACAGGAAUGAUAAUGGCUAUUGUGUGGAGUGCAGUAUCCAUCAAUAUUCUUCACAAUCAACUGGUGCUGAAAAACGGAUCACAAACGUACAACAACUGGAUUGAAACGCCAAUUCCGAUGUACCUGGAAUUCUACAUGUUCAAUUGGACAAAUCCGGAUAAAAUUAAUGAUUGGGAGACGGAAAAACCAAAUUUCGUCCAACUCGGACCCUAUGUCUUCACUGAAAAACGGAAACGGGUUAACAUAGAGUGGAAUGCAAACAAUACUGUGUCCUUCAAUCAAAGUCGCGUGUGGCAUUUUGUACCUGAAAUGUCCAAUGGGACACUCGAUGAUGAAGUGACAAACUUAAACCUGAUUCCCACAACUAUCGCGUAUACUCUGAGACAUCAGCAUGCCGUUGUGAAAAUGAUGGUGAACUUCUUGUUCAAAGAGAAACAUGCUCAUAUGACGAUAACUAAGUCAGUGAGAGAACUUCUAUUCGAUGGUUACGACGAUCCUAUCCUGGACUUUAUCCGAAAACUCAACAUAUCAGGCUUUGUUAUACCGUUCAAUAAGGUGGGAUGGUUCGUUGAACGAAAUGAAAGUUCUACUCACGAUGGGAGAUUCAAUAUCUUCACUGGAGAAGAUGAUAUAGGAAAAUUAGGACUUAUUGAUAAUUGGAACUAUGUUAAUCACACAAAAUUCUAUAAAGGUCACUGUGGUGAAGUUUCUGGAACAACUGGCGAAAUUUGGCCACCUUUAUCUACAGAUCAUUCCGAAAAUGACAUCGAAAUGUUCGCUUCAGACAUCUGUCGCUCUCUGACACUCAGUUUUCAGAAACCCAUUGAGAAACUCGGAGUAAAGGGAAAUCGCUGGGUUGCUGAUGAGAGAGUUCUCGACAAUGGCUGGAAUUAUCCUCCAGCUUCUUGCUACUGCACCUCAGAUCCUUCAUCAUGCCCUGAUCUACUCCCAGGCGUACUCAAUGUCUCAGACUGCCAAUUUGGUGCUCCAGCUUUCAUAUCCUUCCCCCACUUCUACCUCGCGGACGAAGCCUACAGGGAUUCCAUUGAAGGGAUGAACCCAUCACAGGAUGAGCACGAGUUCUACAUGGCUUUAGAGCCACAGACGGGUAUUCCUCUGGACAUCAGAGGUCAAUUGCAAUUGAACCUCAUGAUGACCCCAGACGAACACUUUUCCAUCUUUGAGAAAGUGCCAAGGAUCUUCAUACCGAUGCUGUGGUUUAGGCAAACUGCUAAUCUGACUGAGGAUCUAGCUAAAACAGCUUGGUGGGCUAUAAACUUGCCAGAUUUUGGUCUGUGGAUCGCCUUUGGAAUCGUCGGGCUUGGCGCAGUGAUUGUAAUCGUUGGAAUCGUUCUGACGAUCACGAAGAAGUGGACUUGGUCCAACAGAGAUGACGAUGAAGAGCCACUACAGUAGCCAUCACAAGCCAUUUAGUUCAACAAAAAAAAACCAGAAUCAAAAGAACCAACGAGCCAAUAAGAGUGGAUUUUGAGCAAAAUUAGAAGAAAAACUGUGAUAUAAACUCGCUAUAUCUUACCAAAACAUCAAUAAAAAUUCCACCAUUAUUGUUGCGGGUGAAGACAAAGAACAAUCUGCCUUAUCGAGAAAUUCUUAUUCCGUAUGUGUUAUCCUUUUAAAAUCUUACACUUCAUUUCCUUUUUUUUGUAGAUGUUAUUAUAAAAUAUAUCGUGGGAAUAAUGAAUUUUAUAAAAAGAAUAUAAAUAAAAACAACAUUUAAUUUUAGGGAAA